AGAAGCGUCAAAGCAGGUUUGUAUUGAUGCGGUAGAAUUGCGGGAGCUUGUUUUCAAGUGAAAGAUAUGUUCUAAACUUGGAUUAUAUUUAUAGUGUUGUUCAGUUUGAAUCAGUGGAAAUAUAUUGUGUUUUUCCGUUAUUUAAACACCGAUACGGUAGCUUUUGUUGAUUAUUUAGUGAACUAGACUAUUUGUACCAAAUAAAUCGGAUUUAAUAAUAGAAGCGCACCCUUCAUUUGUCUGUUUCUCAUUUUCCAGUUCCAAUGACGUGAAAAAGACCUCAAGAUGAGUCUAAAUAUGCUUCAGUUGGCGAUCCUCUCGUCGUUAAUUUGGAUCGGCGCUUCGAAAACAAUAUCAGUUAUACCUCAUGACGCUCACCCAGGAUAUAGCGUCAAAAAGUUCAACCAUUCUGAGAAUCUCAAACUUCUCGAUUCGGAUUUUUCUCAAUUUUUCACUAUGUUGCAAGAUGGAUCCAUAAUGACGACAUCGGAUGUCAGUUCUUUAGUAAAUCAUCCUAUAGAUUUAAUAGUACUCGAAGAUAGAGGUAACGUUUCCACUAAACAUAAACUAGAAUUGUUUGUAUUAGAUAGAAGGAAUAUGCUCAGUUUUGAUUUCGAUGAAGAGCUGUUAGGGCACAUUCCUGAAAAUUCCCCAUCUGGUACUGUAGUUAGUGGUAUUCCCCUCCUACAAGCUACUAGCGACUUGAAAGUACCUGUUAGUUAUAGUAUCAUUGCUGGAAACAUCGGACAAUCUUUUGAGUUACAAGAUAGCACCACAGGUGAUAUUUUACCGAAUAUAACUAUUACUAAACCCCUAGGAGGGGUGAAUUUAGUUUCAUCGCAAAUACUUGAUCGAGAAGAAACUGGUAGAUACGUUCUUACCAUCCAAGCCGUUGAUCCGAGUGGUAUAAACAAAGCGGUUACUAACGUUGUUAUUGAUAUUGAAGACGAAAACGAUAACAGUCCAGUUUUUACUCAGAAAAUAUAUAGGUUUGUUGUUGGGGACGAUUCACUAGACGGGGAUAACGUAACGAUGAUUUGGAAGCGCUUCUCUUCGGUCGGGAAAGUAGAAGCCACGGACGCGGACGGUGAUAAAGUAGCCUACAGACUUGCUACACCUACUAACUUCCUAGUAAUCGUCCCUCAAACUGGUGAUCUGCUUCUAACUCAAGAACCUAUAGAAGAAAUAGAAUUAGAACUAGUCGUCGAAGCUCACGAUUUACGGACUCCAAGCAGAACUUCUCCCAGACCCGCACAAGUAAUCUUCCAUUUUAAACCUACCGAAUCGUCUAAAGUCGACAUAGAUUUGGAUUUUCAACGUUUAGAAGAAGUAGAAUUGCAUCGUAGUAAAAGACGCGUUACUCGCGCUGUAAGGCCAACGAAGAGAAUCGAGUUUACCGAAACCGAUGGCGAAACCGACGGUAGGGUGGUUUUCCAAUUGGAAAAAGAAACUGAUCGCGAGACUUUUAAAAUAAGGGAUGAAAAUCCUUGGGUGACGGUCGAUCCCAAUGGGUCCGUUCGCGUUAAGAAGAAGUGGGAUUACGAAGAAUUGGGUCCGGAGAAGACCAUUGACUUCUGGGUUACUAUCACUAACGCGGAAAAAGGAGGACUGAAAUGUAAGUUAUUUCAACGUUUUUUAUUCACUGUGUUUAUAUGAAUUGUGUUUGUUUCAUUGCAUGCUUUAAACACCAAGCGAAAAAAAUUUUUUUAGCAUGUUUUGUUUUAUAAAACCGAUAUAUCAACGAAAUCCGAAAUGUCUAACUAAAAAUAAUUCUAAAGGGGGCGAAAAAAUAGAUAGUUCUACGUUUUCAAAUUAACAAUUAAUAUCAUUGAUUUAGAUUCAUAGUCAAAGAAGAAAUUUAUUAAAUAUAUGGUAAACUAAACGUACAGUGGUAGUCAAUAUUAAUAAAAACAUGACUAUAAAUCACGAUUUAUAUCUGAGCCACUUCUGUUGUCACAUACAAAGUGGGAAAAACAAAUACGUAAGCACAAUAAACUUUAACUUAAAGUAAAUAACCUAAAAUUCAAUUCUAAAACAUUAUAGAAAAAUUUUUCAUAGCGCCGGGUUCUUCAAGUAUUGUUUUCUGUUUAUUUUCGUGGUCUAAACUUUUUAGUAAAACCCACAAAAACAAAUAUGGAGUUGGUACUAGGUUGCAGGAACACCAUGGAAGGUAAACUCUCGUUAGAUGUAUGACCAGAUGAGUUAUUCGCUGCAUUUUCGAAAAAAACGUACUUCCUAUGCAUUUUGAAAACAUUGCUGCAACACUUUCGAAGAAUGUCUUUAGUAGUCUGUAAUAUUUUAAUUCAAGCUAUUUUGGAUUCCAACAUUUUUAAUUUGAUUUAAUUUGAUCCAUAUUGAACAAGAUUUUUCUAGAAAUUUAAUCAAUUUUUCUUCAAAAUUUCAAAUCUCAAGCAUCUGAAGGCUAUUCCUUGGGUUUACCAGAGCGAAAAUCACAUUUUCGAACAGUCAAUGUGACUAUUAAUUCCAGAUAUGAAUUUAUCCCCUAUUUAAAUGCAAAAAAUUACAAGAUUGCUUUAUUUUUUGGCUUGAUACCAAAGGAGAUAUUGAAAUUUCCCACUUGUCACUCUACAGUUGUAAAUUAGCAAUUUCAUUUUCAUUCUAAUUCUCUAGAAACUUCAUACUAGUCCUGAU